AUGGACACAUCCUACCUUUCGCAACAGGUCACUACCAUCAUUGAGCGCUUGCAUGGCUUCUUCGACGAGAUUGGUGUGCCCAGCCAUGAGCGCGACUCACGAGAGUCAGAGCUCUUCUCUGCCUUGUCCGAGACCCUCCAUAACCAGCUCAACCUCGUCGCGAAGGAGAAACAUGAGCUUACUGAAGAGGCGCAACGUCUCAUCAAGACCAUCCGCCAAAUGGAGCGAUCACUCGACGACUCGCGACCAGAUGACGACUUCGAGAAUGAACGCGAUGGAUUGAAGGUCGACUACCCACUCAUAGGGUGUAUAGAGAAAUUGAAGGAGAAGUAUCACACCAUCUCCAAGCUCCAUCGCGAGCGCUACGAGCAAGUCAAGAAGCUGGUGGAAGCACUCGAAUCAUAUGCCUCACAUCUGGAGAGUUCUUUUGUGCAGAUCAAGCUGCCACCAACAUCACCGAACGCAAAAGUACCGCCCAACUUCGACCUCUCACCCACAUAUGUUGCCAAGCUGGACAACGAGUUCACCCGCGUCUAUGAGGAGUACAACAGGCGCGUAGCAUUGGUCACUCAAACAGCCGAGGAUAUCAUCAGCCUGUGGUCCGAGCUAGGAACACCUCAAGCGCAAGUUGACAGCAAUAUUGUGCAGUGCGCGCACGAGGCACCAGAGCAGCUUGGACUGCAUCAGGAAGACCUUAAGCAGUUGACUCUGAAACGAGACAAGCUGGUAGCUGAAAGGCAGCAGCGCGAGCGGAAGCUGAAGGAGCUAAAGUUGAGCGUGGAAGCCCUGUGGGACCGUCUGAGUGUGGAAGGGGGUGAGCGCAAGCAGUUCCUGGCCGCCAAUAGAGGAUGUGGACUGCGGCAGAUCAACGAGUUCGAGGAUGAGUUGAGUCGACUCAACGAGCUCAAGAGGCAGAACCUACAUCUUUUCGUGGAGGAUGCGCGAUUCAAGCUUCAAGAACUCUGGGAUAGCUUGUACUUCUCCGAGGAUGAGAUGUUGGCUUUUCCACCUGCCUUCUCGGACACAUACACAGACGCACUUCUAUCAGCACACGAGCAGGAGAUCCAACGCCUCGAGGCGCUGAAGGAGCAACGCGCACCUAUCCUCGCCGCAGUGGACAGACACCGACAGCUCAUCAAGGAGCGCGAGGAUCUGGCCCAGAGCAGCCAGGAUGCCAGCAGACUUCUGGCCAAAGGACAAAAGGGCGAGAAGCGUGAUCCAGGCAAGCUGCUGCGCGAAGAGAAGAUGCGGAAGCGCAUUACAAAGGAGCUACCGAAGGUCGAGUCGGACUUGCGGAGAACUUUGGAGUCGUGGGAGGAUGAGUAUGGUCGGCCUUUCUGCGUGCAUGGAGAGCGUUAUUUAGAUGAGCUUGACGCUGCUCAAGCCAAGGCGCCACCGCCACGAAGCAAGACUCCGAGCGCACUGCCACCAGCUCGUGAGGCACCGAAAAGUGGUGGGAGAUCUCAAGCACCAAGCAGAGCAGGCACGAUGCGAGGCCCACCUCCGCCGAGAAGCCAAACUCCGACUGCUUCCAUCGGCAGAAGUCAGAUCCUAUCAGCAUCAGUCAUGUCGAAUUCCAUCAUGUCCGCUUCGGUCUCAGCACAUGGAAGCAGCACUAAGCUCAGUCCAUCAAAAAUACCUGGCUCGAGUCGUCUUCCAAUGAGCACAGUUCGCGAUGGUCAGAACUCGCCCGAGCGUCGCCUCAACACGACUCAAAGUCAGACCCUGCGUGCUCGACCCCAAGAAUUCGACAGCACCGUUCGCGGACGCACAGCCGGACCAGUACCUCGUGCCCCACCCCCAAAGAUGAAAGACCUCUUCGUCCCGCCUACACCCACACCCGUCCCCGGCAACGAAGAGAAUUACGAGCACCUCGAGCGUAGCGCCAGCGUAGUCCGACAUAUCGAGCCUGAGGACCCGUACCACGAAGAGCAGCAACUUCCAAGCAAAUACCGCACCCUGCACUCCAACGCCUCCUCAAACAUGGGUCCACCACCCCGUCCGGCCUACCGCCGCGGCAACCCGAGCCAAGAAUCCUGUACCUCAUCAAACUAUACCACCACAUCAUCAAGACCAAUGAGUAGACAAGACUACCCCGUCGCCCCACCCUCCCGCCAAAUCAGCAAUACCAGCUCCACGCUCUCUGGCGGGCAGAACUCAACCGUCUCUGGAUCAGAGAACUGGGAAUCCUAUACCGAUGCCUCUGACAACGAAGAAGCCGAUGCGACAGAGGCGUAUUACGCCAAGGUCCAGGCGCAGCAGACCCAGCGCCAACAGCAACAGUAUGGCGGUGGGAGUACGACGAGUUUCCAGCAGCAGAUGCUGAAGAGGCCUGGGACCGCGACACAGCAGUUGGGGGCUCGGAAGCGGGAACAUGUCAUUGCUGAGGAAGGGUCUGAGGCGGGCUGGACGGAUGAGGGGGAUGUGGGGGAUACUUAUUGA